CCAUAUCCAUGUGCAUGUGCAUGUACAAUACGGUGUGCACACUAUUUAUGUUUUGGUUGUGUGUCUCCAGUCUGGAUACAACCAGCAUUAAAUUGUUUACAAGACUCAAAUAUGUUGGUCUUGUCGUUUCAACCAAACGCCGGCAAAUUGUUCAAUCCCAACUAGUUCAGUUUGCACAAUUUUGAUGUCGGCUGACUUGUCCUGUCAUUCUUAUCACUCAAACUCGGCAGGUCAUCGUACAAAAGGUCUGCAAAAUUCGAGAGUGCCGGCCUGCACAACGCUUUCAAUAGACAACAUCAGCAAAAAACGUAAACACUAGUACGCUAGUCCUUUCGUUGUGGAACAAUGACGGAGAUCCAGAGCGGGACAGUUGCCACCUCGGGACCCCCAGAAGGGGGUAAGUACAUGAUGCAAGUGAACGAUGGCGACCCGAAGAGCGAGACUAAGCCGAGUCCAGAAAAGGGAGAUGAGAACGAGACCCGGGGCAACUGGACCGGGAAACUGGACUUCCUUCUGUCUUGCGUCAGCUUUGCUGUGGGCCUUGGAAAUAUCUGGAGAUUCCCUUUUCUUUGCUACGAAAACGGGGGCGGUGCGUUUUUGAUUCCCUACGUGCUCAUGAUCUUUAUGGCCGGUCUGCCGCUGUUUUUUCUGGAGCUGAGUUUUGGUCAGUUUGCCAGCCAGGGCUGCCUCAGUAUUUGGUCCAUCUCCCCACUUUUCAAAGGGCUUGGCUUUGGCAUGCUGAUAUUGUGCGGGCUGGUAACAUUGUACUACAAUAUCAUCAUUGCCUACACACUGUUCUACCUGUUCGCCUCCUUCACCAGCGAUGUCCCGUGGCGAUCCUGUGGUCACCCCUGGAACUCUGAGAACUGUACCGUCUUCUCCAAAGAUGACAAUAGGACCUGGAAUGGGACUUUUGACAAUGGCACGGGUUAUGCACGGCCCAGUGAGGAAUACUUCAACAACUAUGUCCUUGACAUAUCAGAUGGCAUCCAUAUCAUGGGGCCAGUGAAGUGGGACCUUGCACUAUGUCUACUGCUGGCUUGGAUCUUGGUCUUUCUUAGUCUAGUGAAGGGCAUCAAGACAUCUGGAAAAGUUGUAUACGUGACUUCAAUCUUUCCCUAUGUUGUCUUGACGUGCCUGCUUAUCCGUGGCAUCACACUGGAGGGCGCCAUCGAUGGUAUCAUUUACUACAUCAAGCCCGACAUAGAGAAGCUCAAACAGGCAAAGGUAUGGCAGGAUGCCGCCGUUCAGAUUUUCUACUCGCUUGGCACAGCAUUUGGAAGCCUUCACACUCUUGCCAGCUACAACAAAUUCCACAACAACUGCUUUAGAGAUGCAAUUGCGGUAACCUUCAUCAACUGCGGCACCAGUAUCUUUGCUGGGUUUGUCAUCUUCUCUGUCAUCGGCUUCAUGGCUCACGACGCGGGAAUGGCUGUGGAUAAAGUUGUAGAGUCAGGGCCAGGUCUUGCAUUUAUUGCCUAUCCCGAAGCCAUAGCUCGUAUGCCGUUAUCUACACUCUGGGCUUUGCUGUUCUUUCUCAUGGUCUUCAUGUUGGGACUUGGGAGUGAGUUCUGCAUGUUUGAGACCGUCAUCACAGGAAUGGUGGAUGAGCUGGAGAAAUUCAAUCCAGUUUUCCGGAAGAGAAAAUGGCUGGUCACUUUGUUAAUGGCUGUGCUGAUGUACAUCCUUGGACUGUCUAUGGUGACAAAUGGAGGCAUCUAUCUGCUUACAAUCAUGAACUCAUUCUCAGCUGGUCUGUCUGUCUUGAUAAUUGCAAUGCUGGAAUGCAUCGUGAUUGCUUACAUCUAUGGUGCGGACCGUUUUCUGGAUGAUCUGAAUGUCAUGUUGGGUUUUCGUCCUGGGAUUUAUUGGAAGGCAUGUUGGAAGCUCUUGUCACCAGCUUUCUUGAUGUUCAUCAUAGUUUUUACGUUUGUCGGCUAUUCACGCAUGAAGUACAACACGUACACAUACCCUGUUUGGGCCGAAUGUCUGGGUUGGUUGAUGACCUUGGCCUCGCUGGUACCCGUCUUCGUGUACCCAAUCUACUACCUGCUGAAGCAAGAAGGAACAUUCAUGGAGCGCCUGAGGGAGUCGUUGCGCCCCACCAGCGAAUGGGGACCAGCCCUGGAGUAUCACCGCAAGGAGGCAGGCUUUCCCAUACUGCCUGAAGAAAGCCAGGUCACACCACCGGAUGAAGUCAAGAAACUAUUCAAGGAGGCCGAGUCCAAUGUCUAAGAAGUCUCUUCUGGUUGUAUGUGCUUGUUGAUUCUCACAUACAGGUACCAAACCCUUUAUGAAGGGAACACAUUUAUAGUGCCCAAGCCCCAUAAAAAGUAGACUAUUCCACUGAGCAAGCUUAUAUGCUUAGUGUAAAAAGAGUCAUUUGAGAAUUAUGAACAGGGGCAGAUCGAUGAUUUUCAGAAGGGAUGAUAAAAACUUGGAGGGUCAAAUGUCAGUACGCCAUGCGAAGCCAUAUUAGUCAUGACGUAUCAUACUGGAGUCAUUCAAAUUCAUUGCCGCACAGGGGGUUGGGUGGGGGCAUGUGUCCAUUACCCCCUCCCCCACCCCCAACUGAUUGACAUCCACCACUGGUUCUACAAGGGGUCCCCUGGGGUGCUGAUGAGGUGGCCAAAAUUAAUCGAACUGCAUGCAGUGAACAUGAGCACUAUUGAUAGUAGCAACCUGAGCUCAAAUGGGUCCGAUGAAGAAAGGCAUAUUUACCUUCUCCCAAAGUACGACUCUUGAUCCAUUCCCUCUAUUAAGUCAACCAGUCCUGCACUGUGUGGUUUUCCUUGGUCAUCCGAACAAUCUGAAAGGGGAAAUAUUCUGUUUUGUGUGUUUCAGCCGAACCUUGUUAAUAAGAGGUCCUUCGGAGUUAGCAGAAGACCUUGUUUUAACAGAAACCUUGUAUUAUCAUGAAUGAAAAUAAUGAAACACAAAAGGGAUUUGGACCCAAAAAUGUCCUCGUUAAAGGCAGAAAAUUGUAUUAACAAUGCUCUCACUGAUGAGGUUUCGACUGUAUUUGAUGAAUUUGUGUUUUAGUGAUGUGUCAUUAUUGGUUUUGGGUCACCUCACAUUUGACUAGGCAGGGGAAGCCCUGGGCUCCCUGCUGCAUUUAUAUUUGCUGGUUAUUAUUAGACUAGGAGAGUAAAAUAUCUCUCAGAGGCAUUUGAGCCAAGCAGUAAUUUAUCCAAAAUUACAGAAGUUUCCCUUCCUAACGAGAAUCACUACAUACUUCCCAACAGAUUCGAGACUGAAUUUAUUUACAGAACAGGGUUGACAAUGUGGGAAACCGUCUAGAGAUUUAUGCAAAAAAAAAGGAAAUUGAUUCUUAAUGAUUGCAUGAUGUUUGUAAAUCAGUUUGUUAGCAUGUUUUUUUGGGGGGGGGAUUGGAGAAAGAACCAAAGCUCCAUUUCGUCCCCCUAUCUCCAAAAGCUGCCUGGUUGCUGUACAUACGUUUGACUACAGUAAGAAAACAAAAUGAAAUAUUCUAUAUUUUUGCAAUGCCAAGUGCCAAGCAGAUGCUGUUUUAGGCAGGGUUGUCGCCUGCUGUCUGAUGUGUUUUCAGAAGGCUUUAUUUCCAUUGAAAGCAGUUGGGAAUUGCAGUAUCAAUGCACUACGUGUGAAAUAUAUAUUCUGUGUGUACAGACGCCAUUCUCAGCAUAAUUCUGAAUCUGUCUAUUCCAAUGUAUUUUGAUUUUGUUGCAGACCAUUAUCAACAAGUUUGUACUUCUCAUCAAUAAUAUUGCAGACUUUUUCUUAAAUUGUUUCUUAUUUUACGAAGCCCUACAUUAAUUGUUUUCAUCUUUUUCUUCUGUUUAUGAUUAUAAUGUAUAUUAAAAGUUUGAGGUUUAUUCUUUUAUUUGCCGUGUGAUUCCGAGCACGGCGUUGUGAUCGACAAAAUUAAUAUUUCGCCCUCGAUACAUGUGACUAGUGGCGUAUCCAGCCGGGGAGGGGGAACUUUCCACCUGGGGACGACAUAUCGCAAAGCAUGUCAGACACAGUACAGACACCAUCCAUUGGGAGCUGGAGGAGCUGAGUCUUUACUGGAUGACAAAACAGUGGGAUAACCGUAAUCACGUCCCCAUCUUUCCGCGUCACCAACCCUGAGGAUAGGUAAAAAUGAAUUGGGACACUGGGACAGGCAGUUUUGCUUGUUUAAAAAAAAGACGACCCUCUGUUUAUAUCACAAAUCUUUCACGUUGAUGAAUCAGUCUUCAUGUUUUGUAUCCAACGGAUUGGAUACAAUGUAAACAUCCAGCUCAGAUAGCACCAAAGCAUAUCACUGUCACAAAUUGUGUUCAAAGCGAAUAGGCACUUUUUAGCACGGGCAGAGAUUUCUUGUCACGUAUGGGGGGAUUUCUGAAAGCUCAGCACAACCUCCAUCCCAGGCAAGAUCGUCACGCCGGCAAGCGCAGAGUCGGUGGUGCCGGCUAAGUGUGUGCAUACGUGUAGUCAGUGACUCGAAAAGCGUGUGUGUGUAUCCGUGUCUAUCUGUGUGUGGAUGUGUGGGGUUAUAUUGGUAACCCACCCCCCCGGUCAAAAGGUGGGAUGGAAGUGGGGAGUAUAUCUCCCAUCCCCCGGGGGAUCUCCGCCCACGCUUUUUACCAUUCCCUGGGAAAGAACAGACGGAUACUUUAGUUGAAGGGGACACCCAGCCCCCCUCCCCCAACUCAAAAUUUGGAUACACCAUGAACGUGUACGGCAUACUUCCCUCCAGGAGUCAAGAAAGUCAAGGCAACAUGAACUUGAGAGGAAUUUAAACAACGUCCGUGAAGGCUCGACUUUGUUUCGUAAUGUAAAAAAAUGGAGUCACAACAGAGUAACAGUAUUGCGAUAACUAUGGCAAUAGAGUUGUUAACGUGACUUUCACCAUUAUUGUCCUUGAUAUUCGAAGUCUAGAGCUGAGUUCAGUUUUUUCUUUCUUCUGAUCAAGAGUUUAGUCGACUUUUAGGUCUUCGUCGAACGUGCUUCCGCCGCAGUUAAUGGACAAUUUUAGUAUAUGAGUUCGACACGGCAGAAGAACCCCGUUUGACGCAGGCCUUAGACACAGCUCAGCCCCAAGAAAUGGCCUACAUAAUUUUUUAUCAAUGCAGUUGGUAAAAGAGCAGCAUUGAACGUCUGCACGAAAUGUACACUUAGUAAGAUAACGAUAUCGAAAAUAUGGAACGAAAGGUCUGUAAAUAGUUUUUGUGAACAUACAAUUUGAAGUUUUGUAAAUACAACUCUUUUGUCUUUUUUCAAACUGGAAGAGCAUUGUGAAGUCAUAUUCAAUUCACAGUGAAGACUUAUACACUUGGCUUACACUAGAUACACUUUUCUUACCGCUUAAUAUCAAACGUUUCCUUAAGUGCACUUGAUUCUACAUGUAUUAUACCAUGAGGUUUUCGUCUACUUUUGAAAUGCUGAAAUAUUCAUGCUUGCUGGAUAAUUUUUGCGCUUAUUUACCAAUUAUAUUGCUGAAAGAAGCGUUAUUUAUUUAUUUUCAGUUUUUAUUAAAAAGAAUAAUUGAAAAGAGAAGCUAUCUCAUCAAUUCCCUAUGUACAUGCAUUAUGUUAUAAAGUUGCAAUAAAAUAUCACUCAGAAACUUCAUGAAAAGAGCAA